CAGAAAUAAGAAAAGGAAGAGAAAAAGGGAGAGAAGCAAGGGGUGAAGAAAGGAAGAAAGAAAGAAAAGAUUCAAAACAUUGCUAUCUGUGAAGGACGAACCAAACCAGACUGCUGAACUUCAGAACGAAAGAAGGAUUGGAAACAUGGAUUUCCUGCUCUGGCUGUUUGUCCUGUUCACACAGCUUCAUGUUUCGGAUCAACAAACGACUCCAGCAGAUAACACAACUACACACAUGACUACAACUACCCGAGUCCCCACUCUUCCUUUGCCUGUAUCCAAUCUUACUGUCCUUCCUCAAAGCACCACAGAGUUACAUGUUAAUUGGAGUCUUCCUGCUGGAAAUAAAACUGGAUUCAUCGUCUCGUACAACCAAACAAAUAUUGAAACCAAGAACAUAACUACAAACCAAACCUUUGUGACCCUUACUGAUCUCGAUCCUGGGACUAUAUAUGAAGUGACAGUCAAGACACAGAGCAAUGGACAAGAGUCCAGCCCAGUAUCUUCAACAGGGAUAACAUUGCUGGACUGUGCGGUUCAGAGAUGGACGAUAACUGAAACAAGCAUUGCUGUGGAAGCAACCGUCCCGAUUGAGAAGGUAACCUGCAAGCAACCAGACAGUCAGGAGAGCAGCUGUACUGGCCUGUCACCUGGAUGCUCAUACAAUGCAUCCAUUUGGGUUCAAGAUCAGAUUGUCUGCACAGAACCACAGACUCUGAACCCGUCCCCUGUCAGUGAUAUUACAGUAAUGAGCAAAUCGACCAAUCAGAUCAAGUACCACUGGACUGUGCCAAACAACACAAGAGUUGCUCAAUAUCAGUACAGUGUAACUCUUGAGAAUGUUGCCCCCAGUUCAACCGAUAAGAACAGCUACACUGCUAAUGAAUUAAAACCAGGGGAGAAAUACACCUUGUGCAUAGAAUCUGUGACCCCAGAACACACUAGGAGCACCCCUGAAUGUCUUUCAACCUACACAAACCCCAGUGCUCCAGUAGACCUGACUGCAAGCGAGGACACAACCACUGCUCUUGUGAGCUGGUCAGCGCCGAGCAGUGAUGUGAACUAUCAGAACUACACAUACCUGCUCAGCUGGUCCAGCAGUGAUCUGAACGGAUCGAAGGUUAUCAGCGAGACCUCUGCUUCUCUGACAGCCCUGAUUCCAGGAUCCCUGUACAGUGUAAGAGUGCAAUCCCAGAUUGGAGACGCCCAGAGCGUGGGAGAGUCACUCUCCAUUCUCACAGAUCCUCUCCCACCGACAGGCCUGUUAGUUUCUGCUGAGAACGAGACUGGGGCUCUGCUGAAAUGGGGAGAUCCAGCAAGCGGGGGAUAUUCUGGCUUCCAGAUCUUCUACUCAAAUACAAGCAGCUCGACGGCAGUGAACCAAAUCACUCAGGAUGUGAGGCAGUACAAACUGACCAACCUAACACCCGGAGAGUGCUAUAACAUCAGCUUGAGGAGCUUCAAAACUGAAGGUGGCAUCCAGAAAAACAGCACUGAGGAGAAAACAAACUUUCAAACAGUUCCUGCUCAGGUGAGCUCUCUCCAGUGCUCUGCAGUGUCUGGGGGUUACAGUCUGUUGCUGAACUGGGGUAUCCCUGCUGGACUCUGGACGGCGAUAGAAGUGGACGUGUUCAACGGAGACAAAAAGAAAAUAGCGAAGUGCGGGCUGGUCCAGUGUGAGACGAGAAUCGACGGGCUGAGCCCGGCUCAGUAUUACACCGUCUCGGUGACGACCGUGUCUGGAGAGAAGAGGAGCUUCAGAGCCGUUUCGAUUCGGUGCCAAACUGACACGACGGGUGUCAUCGUCGGCGCUGUGUUUGGGGUUCUAAUACUCAUCUGCCUCGUGGUCUUUCUCGUUCUGUUCAUCCUGAGACGAUAUCCUGACCUCCUGGGUUCUAGUUCUAGUUCCAAAGAUGACGUCGCUCUGGAAUUUACAUGUAAGAAGAUCAAACCGAUCGAAGUCAGUAAGUUUGCAGACUAUUUCCACAGACAGCAGGCGGACUCUGAUAUUGGAUUUGCAGAGGAAUAUCAGAGUUUGGGAGCGAUUGGCACUGAGCAGACAAGCAAAGCUGCCCUCCUACCGGAGAAUCGAGGGAAGAACAGAUUUACCAACGUCCUGCCAUAUGACUGGUGUCGUGUUAAGUUGAGUGCUAUUGAUGGAGAUCCAUUCUCAGACUAUAUCAAUGCGAACUUCGUGCCGGGCUAUCACACUGCGAAGGAGUUCAUCGCCGCUCAGGGCCCCUUGCCCAACACUGUGGAAGACUUCUGGCGAAUGGCGUGGGAGAACCAGGUGGAGGCCAUCGUCAUGCUGACCAAUUGCGUCGAGAAUUCACAAGUGAAGUGUGAGCAGUACUGGCCUCUAGACUACACUCCCUGCACCUACGGAUGUAUUUCAGUCACCACAUCUUCUGAACAGAAGCUGCCUGACUGGACUCUCCGGGAUUUUACUGUCAAACACACGAAAUCCACCGAAUCCCGGACGGUCAGACAGUUCCACUUCACCGCCUGGCCGGAUCACCGUACUCCAGGCAACACGGCCACCCUCAUCCAAUUUCGGGCUCUAGUCCGAAAAUUCCUGGACGAUCGGAAAGGGAGCGGUCCGGCCCUCGUACACUGCAGUGCUGGAGUGGGGCGCACUGGAACCCUGAUUGCUCUCGACUCCCUCCUGCUGCAGAUAGAGAGGGAGAAGGUUGUGGGGAUCCAGAGCUUCGUUCAGAAGAUGAGGCUCCACCGGCCUCUCAUGGUCCAAACAGAGUCCCAGUACAUCUUCCUGAACCAGUGCAUGCUCGACACCAUCCAGGGUAAGAUGAACAAUUCUGACCCCGAUGGAAAUAUCGACAAGAGCAUGGUCCUUGUCAACACUACAGCUCUCGGGGAAUUCAACGCAACCAAUGAGAACGCUGCUUAACUUCGCCCCGCCUCUUUCUGCUCUCAGACGUUCAAUCACAAAACAGACUCCCAAAUUAUUAUUAUUAUUAUUAUUAUUAUUAUUAUUAUUAUUAUUAUUAUUAUAAACAUUGAACUGAUUAAAAACAAGAACUAUUUAUAGAUGUUAAAUUGAGAUUCAGCUGUGAAGAUUUAUAGGCCCUUAUUAUUGGAUGUUCAUUCGUCCAGGUUGCUUUUUAUAUUGGCUGUGGGUGUCUUUCAAUAAAGCUUCGCUCUUAUUUUAAGUUUGGCAGGGAUGCAGCUAACCCCAUGUGGAAUGUGGCUGGGUCUACAUUGAAUAUUUGAUGGUCAAUCAAGGCCAAACGACAUGGUAUACAAGGGACCCAAAUGCUUUGUUUAAGCCUUUCUUGUGUUUUUUGUUUUACCUUUAUUUUGGAUUCGUUUACCUUGUUUAUUUAUUCCAGUUUGUUUUUUGCAAAUAAACAGGUGCCUCUCUGCUUUAACUGCUGCUCCCUGUCUCUGAGUCUCCCUCCUGCCAGUAACCAGCCAUGCCCCUCAACCACCAUGUUAUAUACGGUCCAUUACACUGCCCCCUACAGGUGAGACUGUGCCUUUAAAAGCAGGGAGGGUGUAGUGUAAAUAGAGCUAGUUAGACAGGAGCUGAGAGACAACAGGGUUUAAACUGUUUUACACUGCCCCCUACAGGUCAAACUGCGCCUUUACAAGCAGGGAUGGUGUUGGAUGAAUAUAGUUAGUUAGACAGGAGCUGAGAGACUCAGAGAAUUUAAACUGCUUUAUACUGCCCCCUACAGGUGAGACUGUGUCUUUACAAGCAGGAAGGGUGUAGUGUAAAUAAAGCUAGUUAGACAGGAGCUGAGACCCAGAACAGGGUUUAAACUGCUUUACACUGCCCCCUACAGGCGAGACUGUGUCUUUACAAGCAGGGAGUGUAAAUAGAGCCCAGUGAGACAGGAGCUGAGAGAUUCAGAGCAGGGUUAAACUGUUUUACACUGCCCCCUACAGGCGAGACUGUGUCUUUACAAGCAGGGAGUGUAAAUAGAGCCCAGUGAGACAGGAGCUGAGAGAUUCAGAGCAGGGUUAAACUGUUUUACACUGCCCCCUACAGGCGAGACUGUGUCUUUACAAGCAGGGAGUGUAAAUAGAGCCCAGUGAGACAGGAGCUGAGAGAUUCAGAGCAGGGUUAAACUGUUUUACACAGCCCCCUACAGGCGAGACUGGGUCUUUACAAGCAGGGAGUGUAAAUAGAGCCCAGUGAGACAGGAGCUGAGAGAUUCAGAGCAGGGUUAAACUGUUUUACACUGCCCCCUACAGGCGAGACUGUGUCUUUACAAGCAGGGAGUGUAAAUAGAGCCCAGUGAGACAGGAGCUGAGAGAUUCAGAGCAGGGUUAAACUGUUUUACACUGGGGGGGGGGGUUUAGUGCUAACAGAACACAUUUUUUUU